AUGUUUACAAUGAUACUGGGGCAGCACACCCCACAAGAAGGAGGGGCAGCUGCCGUACCAAACCACCCACAGUUGCUGACUCAUGACAACACUGGAGACUUUGGAGACCUGGCACUGCACUGGCUGCUCCCCGCCGCCGCUGGCGCCCCCGCCCUCUCCCGCCCCCCUGCUCUGGGGCCCGGCAUCGCUGCCCCGAGCUCCGCACACCCUCCAGGGAAGCAGGCGCGGCGGCCGAGGCGCUGGACCGGUGCCAAGCUGGGGAUCUGCGGCGCGCAGCAUCUUUCCCGCCGGCUGGCGGGGGCGGGGCGGGGCGAGCAUCCCCCAGGCUGUCCCCUCCACCACCCCGCCCUUCCCGCGCCCCUUUUCCUUCCCGCUUUUCUCGGGAGAAGCAGGGCCGGGAGCAGUGAGGAGGCGCCAGACUCCCGGCGAGGCGUCGUGGUAAAUGACAAAUGGCCAGGAUAUGAGUUGAAUUUAUUCACAUUUCCAGAGCACUAUUAUGAAGAUUUGGAAUACGUCCUCAUACCUCACAGCAUUGUUGUGGACAGGUGAGUGUUACCUGCUGUGUCACGGGUGCCUGAGGUCAUUUUGAAAGACAUAGGCAAUUGUGACAUUAUAGUCCUGUGAGUAUUGAAAGGAGGUUACAAGUUCUAUGUGGAUCUUGUGUAACACUUCAAGAACAUCAAUCUAUGCUCAAAUAAAUUUAUCUCUAUGAAGGUGGAUUUCAUCAGACUGCAAAGUUAUAAGAACAACAAGUUCACGGAGGAGAUGCAGAUAACUGGAGACGAAAAUCUUUCAGCACUGGCUGGCAAGAAUGUCCUUAUUGUUGAGGUAAGAUGUCAUGAUGUCAUUGGAACUGGAAGGACCAUGGAAGCACUGCUCAGCAACCCAGAGAAAUACAAACCCAGCCUGAUUAAGGUAGCCAGUUUGUUGGUGAAGAGCGCACCAAGAAAUGAUGACUUUAGACCUGACUAUGCUGGAUUUGAGAUUCCAAACUUAUUUGUGGUGAGUUAUGCCUUAGGUUACAAUGAAUACUUCAGAGAUCUGAAUCACAUGUGCAUGAUCAGUGAACAGGGCAAAAAGAAGUACCAAGUCUAAAAAAGUAAAGUCUCACCAUUGAAU